CCGACAUACUAUAUGCAAGAUCUCUUAGCAUAGAAAGCUUAUGUUAAAGACCUUGCUUCUCCUAAAUGGAAUGUAUUUUGCAGAUAUACUAACGAGCCAAAAAGAACUAAGUGAAGAAUGAAGAAAAAUCACUAGCAGGUAGAAUAUCUCAUAAUGUUGAUUCCAAGGGUAAGUAGAAUCAGAUGGUUUGAAUUUUAGCUUGUAUGGGCCGCCAGGUAUAGUGUCAUGCUCUCGGCGAAAAUGCAAUUUAGCGUGCUCGCAAGCGUACGGUAGCGUAGCGUUUACUUUUCUUUUUAUUUUGAGUGUAUAACGUAACGUGCAUACACUACAACACCCCAUACCACGAGCAGGAGUUUGCAAAAAUUUUGGUCAACGACUUCUGUAGAUAAAAUUGAAAAGCAAAUGAUAAAUGCCACUGUAAAUAGCGGUUGAAUUCGAUGGUUAUUGAGCGCUCAAUAUUCGUCUUCCAAAUUCAUUGCUGUUGUUGUUUGUUUGAAGAAAUCUGCUGCCGAAGCCCACCAAACACAUUCAGAGGGUUAUGGUGAUACUGCACCAUCGUAUCCCAAUUGUCGAUUUAGUUUAAAAUUAGCGAUACGAAUUGACAAGAGAUGCUAUUUUUUAGCCACUUGUUUUCCUGGAUACACUGUUGUAGCUCGAAAGGGAACUUCUGCCACACCCAGCGUGCUAACCAGACACGGCACCUUCUGAUUACUAGUAGUUCAAGUUCGGUUGGCACAAGGGGUCCGCAAUAUUGAGGAGGUGCGCAAAUGGGUCAUUGGGUGGAUCGCUGCGUGAGUUCUUUCGAAUAUUAUAGGAAAUAAAAGAAACUAUUUUGAUUUUCCACAAUUAAUGCUUUGUACAAGUGGAAAAGUGAUAAAAAUUUUUGCAGCUGUCUAAUACAUAAUGUAGGGUAUACGAACACGAAUUGUUACUUUGCUUGUUAGAGAGAUUGACUUUGCUAUGCAUGCGGUCUUUACUUAAGACCUCUUUACAACACUAAUGUUCCAGUGUAAAGCAAAAUGCAUGAGAAAUGUAAAACAAAAACGGAAGCAUGGAAAAUUAAAAAAAAAAAAAACGGAAUCCCAUCGUCUAAUGCAUCUAAGACAAAAUUUCAAUAAUAUAUAUAAAGUUUUUAAGAAGUGUAUAAAAAUAUGAUUUCAAGUCUUGUUUAUUGUUCCAUAUACCAAUAUGUGCAACCAUAAGUUUUUUUAAGUUGCAUUUGUAUGUUUAUAGUGCGUAAUGUGUACGACCAGAAAGUAUAUUGUACGACCAGAAAAGUAUAUUGGUCUAAUGUAGUUAUCAUAGUAAAACCAGUUUCUUAAGCAAUACUUAUAAAUAAUAUUAUAAAGCAAUUUUUGCAAAAAAAUUCGAAUACAUACCCACUUUAUACUCUUUAUACCGAGAUCGAAGUGUAUGUGAAAAAAAAAAAAAACAACAAAAAUGGCAUAAAAAGUUAGUGAAGCCAAGCAAAGUCGUAUUAAAUAAAUGAAUAAAUCGAUUAAAAUUACGGGCCAAGGAAUGUCAAUUUAAAUGGAGCAACUACAACGACAAGAGCAAUCAAAUUGUGACAUAAAGCAAAUUCUUAGAGCGUGGAGAACAAUAAAAACAAGCUUGAAUAUUUAAUGAAAGCGUCGAAGCAUGACUAGGCUUAAACAGUGAAACACUUCACAAAACCCAUAACGGAUGUUCGAAUGAUUAUAAAAUUGCUUAUUAACCGAAUAGGCGGCAACAUAAUUCAGCACUGCAAAAAGAGGCGAAUAAUGAAUUUGCCACAAUUCUUAAUGCUCACCCUUUUGGGUUCGACAACAAUUCUCUAUUUAAUAGUGAAAGCGGCUUUCAGUUAUUGGAAAUAUCGUGGUAUUCUGCAUGCUAAACCCACAAUACCUUGGGGUCAUAUGAAAGGUGUUGGAAGUAAACUGCAUAUAGCUGAUGUUUUGCGACGUUUCUACACCCUCUAUAGUGGACAAGCACCAUUUAUCGGUUUUUACGCUUGGCUAAAACCGAUGGUAUUAAUGUUGGAUCUUGAUGCUAUUCAUCAAAUUUUGGUAGUAAAUGCUGAUCAUUUUCAAGAUCGCGGUUUAUACAAUAAUGUAAGCACAGAUCCGUUAACACAAAAUCUUAUUCAAUUAGAUGGUACGGCAUGGAAAGAAUUACAUGAUAAAACGAAGCAUUUAUGGUUAAAAGACGUAAUUCUACAAACCUAUCCCGCUUUAAUGAAAGUGCGUAAGAACUUUGAGUUAACAUUAAAAAAGGAAAUUCGUCGCGAAACGCUGACCGACGUAUCCGGGUUGAUAGAUCAAUUUAAUGUGGAUGUUAUCGGUUCAUUGGCUUACGGUUUGAGCGAUGAUUUUGAAGAAAAUAUUGCUUUCCGUGUAUUCGCAUUAAAUUAUAUUAAUAUUAAGAGUCGUCGAUAUUUUCUCAAUAUCCGGAUGCCAAACAGUUUAGCAUUUAUUUGUCCGAAUUGGGCUCGAUGGAUGAACUAUCGUUUAUUUCAACCUGAAUCUACGCAACAUUGUCUAAAUAUGCUGCGCGGUAAAUUGAAAGAACGUGCAAAAUUGAAAAGUGUUCCAUAUGAUUUUUUACGUAUAUGGUCAGAAAAUCGUUUCCCUUGCAAAAUGAAUGAUAAUGAAAUUGCUGGACAAGCUUUUAGUUUCCUUUGGGCUGGUUUAGAAGCUUGCAAUUCGAUAGUGGCACUUUGCUUAUACGAGUUAGCUUUCCAACCGAAAUUACAAGAAAAAGCCCGAAAGGAAGUGAGGAAAGUGCUGAAGAAAUAUGAGAAUUGUAUGCGGCACGAAAUGUUAAAUGAACUUGUUUAUCUCAAACAAUUACUAAAUGAAACCCUGCGUAAAUAUCCGCCGUAUCCUUUCCUGUUACGUUUGACCACCAAAGAUUACGAUUUACCAAAUACGGUGUUUGCAUUGAAACGUGGCAAUCAUGUAAUCAUACCUGUCGCUGCUAUCCACAACGAUCCCGAUUAUUAUGAGAAUCCUUACCAAUUCGAUCCUGAGCAUUUUCAUUCCUCGAAAGUGAAAACUAGACCAGUAUGUGCAUUUUUACCCUUCGGUUUGGGCAGUCGUUCUUGUAUAGCUCAACACUUUGCCAUGCAGCAAUUGUUAGUGGGUUUGAUGACAUUAUUGAAUAUGUACAGAUUUGCUCCAUGUCAAAAUACCAUUGCACCGUUGAGAUUUGACAAUAGCAAGUUCUUUUUACAACCAAAACCGCGCAUUCAACUCUUAAUGAAACCGACUUAAUUCUGGGUACAAUUACAAAAUGAAAUCAAAUCAAAAUGUUUUGAAGUUUAUUUAAAAUUAGGUUUAAUUCUUCUCAUAUUUUAAGUAUAUAUAUAGCAAUAUAAGUGGUAAUGUUUAUUGCAGAAGUAAAGGAAAGAUAUUUACACGUUGUAUGUUUAUUCUGUAAGAUUUUUAUAAAUAAAAA